GCCCCACCCCCGCUCUGGCCUUUGCGAACACAGGAUCUGAGCAGUGGACACACCAGCACUUGCACCUCCGAGCUGCAUGGACCCUGAAGGCCUGGCGCUGCUGCUGCCCCCCGCCACCCUGGCCGCCCUGGCAGACAGCUGGCUCCGAGAGGACUGCCCCGGUCCCAACCACGCAGCCCUGGUCACGGGCGCAGCCCCCUCGCAGGCGGUGCUGUGGGCCAAGUCCCCCGGGGUACUGGCUGGGAGGCCCUUCUUCGAUGCCAUCUUUGCCCAAGUCAACUGCCAGGUCUCCUGGUUCCUCCCCGAGGGCACAAAGCUGGUGCCCGUGGCCAGGGUGGCCGAGGUCCGGGGCCCCGCGCACUGCCUGCUGCUGGGGGAGCGGGUGGCCCUGAACACGCUGGCGCGCUGCAGUGGGGUGGCCAGCGCCGCCGCCGCCGCCGUGGAGGCCGCCCGGGAUGCGGGCUGGACCGGGCACGUGGCGGGCACGAGGAAGACCACGCCCGGCUUCCGGCUGGCGGAGAAGUACGGGCUCCUGGUGGGCGGGGCCGCCGCUCACCGCUACGACCUGGGAGGGCUGGUGAUGGUGAAGGACAACCACGUGGUGGCGGCGGGUGGCGUGGAAAAGGCGGUGCGAGGGGCGCGGCAGGUGGCUGACUUCGCCCUGAAGGUGGAGGUGGAGUGCGGCAGUCUGCGGGAGGCUGUGGAGGCCGCCGAGGCGGGAGCGGACCUCGUCCUGCUGGACAACUUCAAGCCUGAGGUGUUUGCUGAAGGGACUUUGCCAGUGUACCGGGCCUACAGGUCCUAAAGCCAAAGAGGACGCCACCGCCCAUGGAAUAACACGGUUUCUUGGGACCCUCAAGGUUGCCCCUGUUUAAAUAUGGUACAUGACUCUGUCCGGGUUAGCCUGGGCGGGGGUCUGGCUCGGCCACCUACUGCUCGUGUGAGCUGGGGGGGCUGACUUCACCCCUGCUCAUCUGUACAAUGGGUCUAAUAAAUGAUCACCUUACAGAUUUCUUUGGGUGAUAAUGAAUAAGUGCUCAGUAACUCUUAGAAAUUACCAUAGCUCGGGUGCCUGGGUGGCUCAGUUGGUUAAGCGACUGCCUUCGGCUCAGGUCAUGAUCCUGGAGUCCCGGGAUCGAGUCCCGCAUCGGGCUCCCUGCUCGGCGGGGAGUCUGCUUCUCCCUCUGACCCUCCUCCCUCUCAUGCUCUCUGUCUCUCAUUCUCUCUCUCUCAAAUAAAUAAAUAAAAUCUUAAAAAAAAAAAAAAAGAAAGAAAGAAAUUACCAUAGCUCAUCGACUCUAAGAUGCACCUUUUUCCACACACGACCUUCUCUGAGUCGGAGCGUGUCUUUCACCGAUGGAGUCUAGUGGUCACUGUCACCGGGGCAUCGUCAUAGCCGUCAUGGCCCAUGCAUGCCGCUUGUAGACAGAACAUAACAAUCGAUGUGGAAAUAAGUCCGAGAGACUUAUUUUAACAGAUGCCAGAAAGAAAUUGAAAGUGAUUAAAAAAAAAAAAAAGCUGCUCUCCCUCUAACCCUCCCCCUGCCCAUGUGCACGCUCUCUCUCUCUCAAAUAAAUAAAACCUUAAAAAAAGCAAGCAAGCAAGCAAGCAAGCAAGCAUUGGUCAUAGUUUAAUUGACAAGUUUCUUUUCCAGUAAUAGUAUAUAUAUUUUAUAGUCAAUGGCAUCUUAUAUUUGAGGAUAUAUGGCACCAGGUCUGAGAUUCAGCUGGAACAUUCUAUGUGGUUGAUGCCCAUGUUGUACUGUUUAUUAAGUGCUUUGCCUGUCACCUCUGGCUACUGUGACCACCUCUUUGGAGGAGGUGAGAACCUGCCCAUUCACUUCUGGGGUCCCCAACAGACUCCACCAUGCAUCCUCCAUUUGGUGCUUGAAGGCCCUUUAGGUUCUGGUUCCAUAGCGCUAUCAUUAGUUGGGAGACGAGGGUGCACACAGGGCAGCUGGGGCCAGAACAAAGGUCAUUUGAGGGAGUAAUGGGUCAGGUAGAGGUCCCUGUUCAGACAUCAGACUUCCUU